CUAACUGGAUUGAAAGAUUUCCUCGUCACUUUGGAUCGGAAUUUGGAGUCAACAAAGGAGUGUUUUUUCACCAUUUAUCAACUGGUCAAAUCCAGUGUCGAGCAAGGCAUGGCGGACGGUUCGCUACGCGAGGCCUUGAGUGAGACAGAAGAAGAGGAAGAGCCACAACGGGCAACCGCGAGAAGCCCACAGUUGGAAACGAAAGGAGAAGAAGAAGAACCGGAACGGAAACAAUCAUCACAAUCAAUUCAGUCAGUCGAGAAGAGUAGUAAGUUUGUUCACUUUUUGUCUACUGUUGGAUCACUUAUCAAUGUAGCGAAUCUCCCAUGCAUUUGUUUUACCUUUUUAUACGGUUGCCGAAAUAUUUGUUUCUCCGAUUUCCGAGAUUAG